ACCUCAAAAACAAACCAACCCGUAACUUUGGGAAAACUCCAUUACUCAUCUACUAUAAUUUCUUCUCUCUCUUUCCUCUCUCUCUCUAUAUGGAUAUAAUCACUGCCUCCGCGGCGGCGGCGGCUGCUGCGGCGGCGGCUGGAGGCGGCGGAGGUCCGGCGCCGUUUUUAUUAAAGACAUAUGAAAUGGUUGAUGAUUCAGUAACAGAUGAGAUUGUAUCAUGGACUCAAACUGGUCAUAGUUUUGUUGUUUGGAAUCCACCUGAAUUUGCUAAACUUCUUCUUCCUACUUAUUUUAAGCACAACAAUUUCUCCAGCUUCAUUCGACAGCUCAACACAUACGGCUUCCGGAAGAUUGAUCCAGAAAGAUGGGAAUUUGCCAAUGAGGAAUUCAUAAAAGACCAGAAGCAUCUACUUAAGAACAUUCAUCGUAGAAAACCAAUUCACAGCCAUAGUCACCCUCCAGGUUCCACAGUUGAUCCAGAAAGAGCUGCAUUUGAAGAAGAGAUUGAUAAGCUUUCACGUGAAAGGUCGGGGCUCGAGUCUAACGUCUUAAGGUACAGACAGCAACAAUCUUCUGCAAAAGUCCAGUUAGAAGAACUAACCGGACGGGUUGGCAGUAUAGAGCAAAGGCAGGAGAGCUUACUGACAUUUUUUGAGAAGGCAGUUAAAAAUCCUGACUUUGUUGAGCGUCUUGCUCAGAAACUCGAGUCCAUGGAUAUUUCUGCAUUUAGCAAGAAAAGGCGUUUGCCUCAAGUUGAAGAAAAUAUGUCGGUUGACAACCAAGACUUUUCAAAUAAUCUCAGGCUUGAAUUGUCACCUGCUGUUUCAGAUGUCAAUGCACUUUCAUGCAGCACCCAAAGUUCGAAUGAAGAUGGUGGGUCUCCACAUAGGAGAGUAUCUGAAGGAUGGUCCAGAGACGUGCAACUUCGAACGGGAGGAGUACUUUAUAACCCUGAAACAAUAGAACUAUCAGAUACUGGAACGUCUUUUACAUUGAAGAUGGAUUCAUCUUUGCCUCGUGCAGCAAGCAAUGUUGAAAGCUCAAGACUGCAUUCCUUGCCACAAAGCCUUUCAUCCACUGAGGAAGUUGACGGUCACAUUUCCUGUCAGCUGAAUCUUUCUUUGGCUUUUUCACAAGUCGAGAAAAAUCAACAUUCACCAAUGCCCCAAAUAGGUCAAGAGAAAAUUCCUUUUACUGAUGAUAAAACUUUGUCGUCUUCACAUGAUGCAACUGGUAACAAGGAAGGGCCUGCAACUACUCCGGUUCGUGUGAACGAUGUUUUCUGGGAACAGUUCCUAACGGAGCGGCCAGGCUGCACGGAUAACGAAGAGGCUAGUUCUAGUUACAAAGGGAACUCCUACAACGAGCAAGAUGAGAGAAAAUCAAAUCAAGGAGUAGCUAGUAACACAAGAAAGGUGGAACACCUUACCCUUUGAAUAUGUGAAGCACUUAAAACAUUUAUAUAGGUCUUUGGAAUUUUCAGUUCCUAAUUGCAAUGGUUUGUAACUAUCAAUCCCUGAUAAGUAGUGAUGAUAGGCAUGAUAUGCUUAAAGUGUCUUUUGCUGUUUUGCUGUUUUGGGAUUAUUAUAUGGCUUUGUAUGUAUAGAGAUAAAAAUUAUGAUGAAUAUCCUUCUGAGCAAAUAAGUACUGUAUUUGGUGAUGAAAA